UGAAGUCUGAAGACAGUAAUGGCAUGAGCAUUGCAUUGCGAUUUAGUCUAGCCACUGUAUUGCGCGCCUGGGAAACGCCACUGUUUUAAACUCUUGACAGUUCAUCGAGGAACGUAACAUCAAUAAAUAAGAGUUUGCGGACAAGUACAGCAAAGUAGAAGUGUGCUCAGACACUGACACUUAAAUCUUCAUUAAAAUAAUAAUAACCGCAAAAGGGAUAUGGUGUUGGACAUGUGAAUUAUAGGAGUUACUACUACCUUUCUGCCCAAAAUGAAGCUGGCGUCUUCUCCGUGUUUGUUUGGCUUUCUUCUGACUUCAGUCGUGUUUCGGAUGAGCACCUCUCAGUCAGUGUGCACCGGGACGGAAAACAAGCUGAGCACCCUGUCAGACCUGGAGCAGCAGUACCGCACCCUGCGCAAAUACUACGAGAACUGCGAAGUCGUGAUGGGCAACCUGGAGAUCACCAGCAUCGACCGCAGCCGAGAUCUCUCCUUCCUAAGGUCGAUCCGGGAGGUGACUGGAUAUGUGUUGGUGGCCCUAAACCAGUUUGACUAUUUGCCCCUGGAGAACCUACGCAUCGUUCGUGGCACCAAGCUCUAUGAGGACCGCUACGCCUUGGCCAUCUUCCUCAACUACCGGCGGGAUGGAAACUUUGGUCUUCGACAACUUGGCCUCAAAAACCUUACCGAGAUCCUCCAUGGCGGCGUGUAUGUGGACAACAACAAGUUCCUGUGCCACGCUGACACCAUCCACUGGCAGGACAUAGUGAAGAGCGCCCCCUCCGAUCACCUGGUGGUGCCCUCCAACAGCAGCAACAAAUGUCCAAGGUGCCAUUUGUCCUGUUUUGGUCGUUGCUGGGGACCAAAGGAGGACCAGUGUCAAACCUUGACCAGGACGCUCUGUGCGGAGCAGUGUGAUGGCCGCUGCUUCGGCCCGUACGUCAGUAACUGCUGCCAUCGGGAAUGUGCUGGAGGCUGCUCAGGUCCAAAGGACACCGACUGCUUUGCCUGCACUAACUUCAAUGACAGCGGGGCGUGUGUGACCCAGUGCCCCCAGCCCCUGGUCUACAACCCAAACUCCUUCCAGCUGGAGCAGAACCCAGCUGCCAAGUACACGUACGGAGCCUUCUGUGUCAAAAAGUGCCCACAUAACUUUGUGGUGGACCACAGCUCCUGUGUCCGGGCAUGUCCAAGCAGCAAGACAGAGGUGGAAGAGAACCGGGUCAAGAAGUGCAUUCCUUGUACCAGCAUCUGCCCCAAAGCGUGUGAUGGCAUUGGUACAGCCAGCUUGCAGUCAGCUCAGACUGUGGACUCCAGCAACAUUGACCGGUUUGUCAACUGCACUAAGAUUAACGGCAACCUGGUGUUCCUCAUCACUGGCAUCAAAGGGGACUCCUAUCAUAGCAUCAAGCCUCUGGAUCCAGAGAAACUGAAUGUAUUCCGAACUGUCACAGAGAUCACAGGCUUCCUGAACAUUCAGUCUUGGCCAGCGAACAUGACGGAUCUCAGCGUGUUCUCCAACCUGGCAACCAUUGGGGGGAGAUCCCUUUACAGUGGGAUCUCUCUGCUGGUGCUGAAGCAGCAGUGGAUCUCCUCCCUCCAGCUCAAGUCUCUGCACGAGAUCAGCGCCGGAAACGUCUACGUCACCAACAACAGCCAGCUCUGCUACUACAACACCGUCAACUGGACCAGCCUCUUUCGCACCAACACGCAGAAGGUUCUCGUCCGCAACAACCGGGACCCCAAAGAAUGCACCAUUAAGCGGAUGGUGUGCGACCCGCUGUGCUCAGACGCUGGGUGCUGGGGCCCGGGGCCAGACCAGUGUCUAACCUGCCGCUACUUCAGCAGAGGAGCCAUCUGUGUGGAGUCCUGCAACCUCUAUGACGGGGAUGUCCGUGAAUUCUCUAACGGCUCGGAGUGUCGUGAGUGUGACCCCCAGUGUGAGAGUGCAGAGGAUGAGUCCCUGACCUGCACUGGACCGGGACCCGAUCACUGUGUGAAAUGUCGACACUUCAAAGACGGCCCCAACUGUGUGGAGAAAUGCCCUGAUGGAGUGCAGGGAGCCAACAGCUUCAUCUUCAAAUACGCCGAGGCCAACAACGAGUGCCACCCCUGCCACGGCAACUGCACUCAGGGCUGUCUUGGACCCAGACUACAAGACUGCAUUGGCAUCAUGGACAGGACUCCACUGAUAGCCGCUGGGGUGAUUGGUGGUCUGUUUGUGGUGGUUAUCGUGGGUCUGAGUGUGGCUGUGUCCUUACGCCGCAAGAACAUCAAGAAGAAGCGAGCCCUGCGCCGGUUCCUGGAGACCGAGCUGGUGGAACCCCUGACGCCGAGCGGAACGGCCCCCAACCAGGCCCAGCUGCGCAUCCUGAAGGAGACGGAGCUCAAGAGGGUGAAGAUCCUGGGGUCAGGAGCCUUUGGCACUGUCUACAAGGGUAUCUGGGUUCCCGAAGGGGAGACAGUGAAGAUCCCGGUGGCCAUAAAGAUCCUGAACGAGGCCACAGGACCCAAAGCCAACGUGGAGUUUAUGGACGAGGCCCUGAUCAUGGCCAGCAUGGAGCACCCUCACCUGGUGCGUCUGCUGGGCGUGUGCCUGAGCCCCACCAUCCAGCUGGUCACCCAGCUCAUGCCCCACGGAUGCCUGCUGGACUACGUGCACGAGCACAAGGACAACAUCGGCUCCCAGCUGCUGCUCAACUGGUGUGUCCAGAUCGCCAAGGGCAUGAUGUACCUGGAGGAGAGGAGGCUGGUGCACAGAGACCUGGCUGCCAGGAAUGUGCUCGUCAAAUCCCCCAACCACAUCAAGAUCACAGACUUCGGCCUGGCGCGCCUCCUGGACGCUGACGAGAAGGAGUACAACGCAGACGGCGGAAAGAUGCCAAUAAAGUGGAUGGCCUUGGAAUGCAUCCACUACAGAAAGUUCACCCACCAGAGUGAUGUGUGGAGCUACGGAGUGACCAUCUGGGAGCUGAUGACUUUUGGAGGGAAGCCGUAUGACGGAAUCCCCACCCGCGAGAUCCCAGACCUGCUGGAGAAGGGCGAGCGUCUGCCCCAGCCUCCCAUCUGCACCAUAGACGUCUACAUGGUCAUGGUCAAAUGCUGGAUGAUUGACGCCGACAGCAGACCCAGGUUUAAGGAGCUGGCAGGAGAGUUCUGUAGGAUGGCUCGCGACCCACAGCGAUACUUGGUGAUCCAGGGUGAUGAUCGUAUGAAGCUGCCCAGUCCCAACGACAGCAAGUUCUUCCAGAGCCUGCUGGAUGAGGAGGAACUGGAGGACCUCAUGGAUGCUGACGAGUACCUGGUGCCCCACGGCCUCAACAUCCCACCUCUGGCCUACACACCCCGGACACGCAUGGACUCCAACCGGAACCAGUUUGUGUACCAAGACGGCAGCUUCGGCAGGGAGGAGAUGAUGGUGACCAUCCCUCGGGUGGUGGCAGUGACAGCCCUGUCUCCAGCAUGCUCCUCCCAAGACUCGUCCAUGACCCCCAGCACCGCAUCAGAGGCUUUCCCGGACCCCCGCUGCAACGGCACCCUACGGAAGCAACAGCCCUCGGUGCGGCCCGGCCCAACAGACGACAGCAGCGGCCAGCGCUACAGCGCAGACCCCACAGUACUGCUGGGAGAGAGGGCCAGCAGGGGCGAGACGGACGAGGAUGGGUACAUGACUGCCACACAGGACAAGAACCCCACAGACUAUCUCAACCCUGUGGAGGAGAACCCCUUUGUCACACGCCGCAGAAAUGGAGAAGUCCACGGAGUGGAGGCCCAGGGUUAUCACAGCGCCCCCAAUGGACAGCCCAGGGUGGAGGAUGAGUACGUCAAUGACCCUCUGUACCUCAACACCUUCCAUAACUCCGGAGAGAAGAACCAGGAUAUUCUCAGAAAGAAUGGCAUUCCUUUAUCUCAUCUGGUCGCAAGUGGUGCAGGUGCUGUUGGUAACCAACACCCCAUCCAGGUUGGCCAUCCACAACACAUCGCCCAGACAGACCACCCCGCCCGCCAGCACCUGGUUUUACAGCCUCCCUACCCCGCCCCUCCAUCUCUCACUAGUCUCUCGGGCCACACCCUGCACCCGGCCCAUCCUGGACACACGCUCCACCCAGCACACACCCUUCAUCCCACUCACAGUGGCACCAUCAUGGCCGACAAGAAGCCCAAAAAGACCUUCGACAAUCCCGAGUACUGGCAGCACAGUCUUCCUCCCAAGGCCACCCUGCACAACCCUGAGUACCUACAGGACUGCAGCACGCGCUUCUUCUACCGGCAGAAUGGCCGCAUCCGGCCUGCCGUGGCCGAGAACCAGGAGUACCUAUCGGAGUUCGCUCUAAAGCCUGGGACUGCACUGCCACCCCCACCCUACAGACAGAGGAACACUGUGGUGUAGCCGGCUUGGAGUUGGGGGGGACAGAGAAGGGGGGGUGGACAGGGAGCAUGAGAAGGCUACAGUUGGACACUACUCAACAAACUGGCCCUUGCACCAGAGCAAGACUCUAUCUUUCCCUUUGUCUUUGACGGCAAGACUCGGACUCCACUGACUCAGAGCUGAUCCACUCAAACAGACAGUGGUGGCCAUGACAACACAUCAGUCAAUCACUCCCCCUCUUUCCCGUCCCCUUCUCCCCAUCUGCCAAUCUGAACUGAGGAUGCUCUCAAUUGUGACUUCUCUAAAACAAACUGGAUGCCUGACAUGUUUGACAUCCCUCGCCGCAGUGGGGUCAGUAAGACACUAAAUGCUAGAGGUACUGGCCAGUAGGUGGUGCUGGCUACUGACUUCAAACCACAGGGAGGUGACACUGGCAAAACCUGUUGCUUUGCAAAGGACAAGUAAAGGAACAGGAAGAGACACGGAAAGAGUGGCGCAUACUGUAUCUGGCACAUAAUAUCAUAUAUAUUCUCCUCCUGUGUUUUGGAACAGCACGUCCUGAGGAAAAACUCAAAUCCUGUAGUAAUAAAUGACUGUAGGCAUUUAGUAGUAGCAAUCACAGCCAUUUUUUUUGUAAUCCCAGUCAACUUUGGUAACUCCACAGGCGGCUGUGCAGAUUUCUCACUCGAGUACCGCAUCAGAUCCCACACAGCACUCGGAGGACUCUCUACUUACCUCUGCAUCCUCACUGCAGCCACCAUCUUCAUGCUGAAUACAUUCCAACAAAAGAUGCAUUGGAAAGUCAUCGUUAUUAUUGAUCUGUUUUACUUGGGGCGCCUUUCUAUGAAUCCUGUAGAAAAUACCUGAUAUUUGAGCAGAAGGGGGAUAUGUCUUCACUUCUGGCUGUUUUCUGAUUUGUGACACUGUCAUCCUGCACUGGUUUAAGACAGGGUGAGAUUGCAACCACCCUUGGAAUGGGUGUCAUUACUCGAGUGUACAUGAUUCUCACAAUUGUUCACCAUCUUAGAAAAUGUACUCCAAAUGUCUCCCAUAUAAAUAUGUAUUCUUAUAAAAGAAUCAAAAAACAAUUUCCAUCCAUAAAGAUACUGGUAUUGCCAGUGAAGCGUCUAUAUUUAUAUUCCUGGCACUGAUCUCAGAUCAUAUGACAGAUGUAAUUCACCCAUGUAAAUAGGAACGAGCAGGGGUUAACCAGAAUGACCUACACCAGUUCUAAGGUGGAAGGAUAAAUAAUGAGACCACUGAUUUGGAGACAUCUACGGCACUGCACACCAAAAUCAAAUAGGAAAUAAAACCUAGCUAAGACGUCACCAAUGGUCUCCAUCUUAGAACUGCCCACAAGCCAAUCCAGGAAUCCUGCACCAUGUGACCUUGGCAUGCCUUGACAGCCGGAGCAGCAGGCUGGGCCUGGCCAAAACAGCAUUAGAGAUAAUAACUGGGUAUUAGCAUGCACCAGAGAACUUAUGGGCAGCCAUGGUGUGGUGGCAAUGAGAAAUGCUGUGCCAUUAUCAAUGCUCAUCCAGCCAAGAUUAUUCCUACACCAGCCACAAGGCCUUGCCAUUAUCAGGAGCUAUUUCCAGUGUUUUGUCACAGUCUGGGGUUCUCGGGGAGUUGGGGGUUGCAUGUUGAACCGGUAAAAAAGU